CAGGUCUAACUCCAAUCUUCUGUAACUUGUUAAUGAAGCAUAAAAUCUUCCAAGAAUCAUUGCAGGAAAAAAGAAAAAUUGUUACGAGUUUUCAGCCCUAUGGAAGUGGUGGCUAAACCACAGGACUACAAGGUGGUGGCAACAAUCUAUUCUCAAACUUUGCUUUUUGUUAAGGCUGUCAAACAUAGACACUGACUCUUAGUCAACUCAUGAGGAUCUCACAGCUGGGCUGGACUGCCUUCCAGUAGAGUGUCGGUCCCACACGUCCACAUGACAGUGCAUGGGUGGAAUUUUUGUAUAGAGCUAGGAGAGAGGCAAAGGAUGAGUGGAGGAGGGAAGGUGGUGUGUGUAACAGGAGCUUCUGGGUUCAUAGCUUCAUGGCUGGUGAAACUCUUAUUACAACGUGGAUAUACUGUCAAAGCCUCUGUUCGGGACCCAAAUGAUCCAAAGAAAACAGAACACUUGCUUUCUCUUGAUGGAGCUAAAGAAAGACUUCACUUGCUUAAAGCAAAUUUACUAGAAGAAGGAUCAUUUGAUUCUCUAGUUGAAGGGUGUGAAGGUGUUUUCCAUACGGCAUCUCCCGUUAUUAUUUCACCUAGUGAUCCUGAGGCUGAAGUAAUUGACCCUGCAGUGAAGGGAACACUGAAUGUUCUAAGAUCGUGUGUAAAAUUUCCUUCUGUGAAGAGAGUAGUUGUAACAUCUUCCGUGGUUUCACUUACAAUCAAUGGGAAACCUCUCACACCUGAUGUGGUAGUUGAUGAGACAUGGUUUUCAGAUCCUGCUGUUUGUGAGGAGUUGAAGAAUUGGUAUGCACUUUCAAAAACUUUAGCUGAGGAUGUUGCUUGGAAGUUUGCAAAAGAAAACAAGAUUGACGUGGUCACCAUGCAUCCAGGGUUUACUAUUGGUCCUUUCUUACAGUCAACUCUUAACGUGGCAGCAGAGAUUGUUCUGAAUCAUAUAAAUGGAUCACAAACCUUAGCGAACAUGGUUUAUAGGUUUGUUGAUGUUAGAGAUGUAGCAUAUGCACAUAUUCAAGCAUUUGAAGUAGCUUCAGCAAGUGGAAGAUAUAUUUUAGUAGGAACUGUUAUGAACAAUGUUGGGACUUCAAAGAUUUUAGAAGAACUAUACCCUGAUUUGAGCCUUCCUGAAAGAUGGGAAAAGGAAAAACCUCCUUUGCCAAUCUAUCAUGUAUCCAAUGAGAAAGCAAAAGGUUUGGGCAUUGACUUCAUUUCGUUGGAAGUGAGUCUCAGAGACAGUGUUGAAUGCUUCAAGGAGAAGGGUUUUCUAAUCAUGUAAAUUAUGCAAUUGGCAGGGGAUAUGAUAUGGUGGAUUUAAUUACAAAUAAAACAUAUAUAUCCUUGUUUUCAUCAUCCUAAUAUUUCUGUGGGUCUGUAACUUGUUAAUAAAACAUCUUCAUUUGGGCCAAA